CGAGGCAGAGAGCUGCAGCUGUCCAGCUGUAGGAAACAGGCCACGGACAGAAGUGGCAACUCACAGCUAAACCAACAAAUUUCAUCCAUAUAAGCCCCGGGAGGAAAGUGGCCCCUAACUUGUUGAAUUGGCCGGAGUCGUGAGUUGGGGAUACUGGCCCUCCGGCCUGGUGCAGCUGACACUGUUUUACCGGCUGUCUUACUAAGCACACAGGCUUUUGUUUCUGUUCUGAAACAAUCCUGUGGCCGUCCGCCCACCUGCUCCCCGCCCCCUCCCAAUGCUGUUCCCCUCGUGCUCCGUAGUGGGCAUCUCGCUGUAACUCUGCACAGCGCGAACGUCACCGUGUCCCAGAAAAACGGGUGGGCGACGUAGGACACCGCUCCUUGCUCACUUGCUUCACCCUGUGCUACUUCUUUGCCCAGCACUUACCACCAUCUGGUAUUUUUCUUUCAUGUUUACUUACGUAUUUACGUCCCUCCCGCACCCCAACCCCAUACACACGGAUAAUUGUGAACCCCUUAAGAGUUGGGACAUCUUUGUCUAGUUCAUUGCUGCAUAUCUAGUACCUAGAGUGUCCAGAACAUAGUGUUUAGUACUUGCUGAAGAAACAGUUAUUAAUGAAAUGAUUGUACAAGAAUGUUUAGAGCAGCCACAAACAAAACAGCCACUUUUCAUCAAAAGAAUGGAAAAACUGGUAUAGUCACAUGGUGACAUACCACUAAGCAAUAGAAAGAAACUACUAAUACGAGAACAUGGAUGAGUUGUAAAACAGUGUGGUACAAUUCAUACGCCAAGUACCUACUGUAUGGUUCUGCCUUAUGAAUUUCUAGAAUAGGCCAAUCGAAUUGCAGUGAAAAAACCAGAGCAGUGGCUGCCUUGAGGGGGUUGGGCAGGGACUGACCAAGGGUUUGAGUUACACAGUUGUACAAAGGUAUCAAAACUCAAGAUCCGCAUUCCAUUUUUACCUCAAAAGAAAAACAUUAAUUUGCAUACUAAUGUUAUGCAUGCUGAAGUAGGGAGAAGUAUACUAAUGUCUGUAGAAAUGCAUGAGAAUGGAUGGGUUGGUAGAUGGAUUAGAUGAGAAUAAAAAUAAAAAUAGCUGGUUAAUAAAAAUGGUAAAGUGUUUAGGUCAGUUUCUUGACCUCAGCACUAUGCACAUUUUGGACCAGCAAAAUUUUUUAUUUGUAGGGGCACGUCAUGUGUAUUGUAGUAACUGGAGCAGCAUCCCUGGGCCCUACCCAUUAGGUGCCCAAAACACCCAUCCAUUGUGACAACCCAAAAUGUUCUCAUACUUUAUUGAAUGUUCCCUGGGGAGCAGAGUCAUUUUCCCCCGCCCCGCCCCCACCUCUCCUUCCUUUGAGGAUUGUUCCACUGUUUCACUGUAAAAUUCUCAACUUUGCAAUAUGCAUGAAAUGUUUUAUAAAACUUGAAGAAAAACUAGAUUAUUUAAUUAAAUUGAAAAAUGCCUAGAAAACACCAAGUAGAAGAUGCACCUAUGAAGAUCUAUACAUCAAACUUUAAAAAAAUUUUUUUCUUUAUUUUUAGAGACAGGGAAAGGGAGAGAAACAUCAAUGUGUGGUUGCCUCUCACGCGCCCCCUACUGGGGACCUAACCGGAAACCCAGGCAUGUUCCCUGACUGGGAAUGGAAGCUGUGACCCUUUGGUUCAUAACCAUGCACUCCACUGAGCCACAUCAGCCAGGGGUGAAAACAGAAUUUUGUUGGUUUGGGGGGAGGGGUUGGUUUUUUCACUUCUGUUCAUUGUUACAAUCUUAGUGCCAAGGACAGCUGGAUGCAAUAGGUGCUCAAGAAACCUUUGUGGAAUGAGCGACCAGUACCAGUAGUAGCAGCACUUUUCUAGCACUUCCUCUGUUGCCAAGCACUGGUUCAUGCAGUUUGCACACAACCUCAGCCAGUCCUCACUGCAACCCUGUCCUUCCAUUUUGGAGACUGUGAGACUGAGGCAUAGAGUUAACCACCCGCCUAAGGUCACAGUUGGCCUUGUUGGAUUUAUCUCCUGAUCCUCAAACUAAAUAGAAGGCUCCAGGAAGGAGGGAUGGGUGAAGUUCUGCAUAUAGUAGCAGCUCGGUAAACCUUUACCAAAGAGGAGAAAGGAUUCCAUGAACAGACCAAGAACCUAAAUAAUGGUGUUUGAUUUUACAGAGUAGAAACUUAUAGGUAGAUGAAAAUGGUUGAGAUGGAACAGGCUGAGGCCCAGCUCUCUGAGUUAGACCUGCUGGCCAGCAUGUUCCCUGGUGAGAAUGAGCUCGUAGUGAAUGACCAGCUGGCUGUUGCAGAACUGAAAGAUUGCAUUGAAAAGAGGUCAAUGGAAGGGCGAUCUUCGAAAGUGUACUUUACAAUCAACAUGAACCUGGACGUAGCUUCUGGGGCAAUGGUGGUGUUUUCCCUGGCCUGCACUCUUCCCUUUAAAUACCCUGCAGUCCUGCCUGAAAUCACUGUCAGCAGAUCACUAUCAUUAAGUAGAUCCCAGCAGACUCAGCUGAACACGGAUCUGACCGCACACCUGCAGAAGAAUUGCCUUGGAGAUGUCUGUGUGUUGCAUGCCACCGACUGGGUUAGAGAACACGCCCCUGCCUUUGUCAGCAGAGACAUUGCCCCUCUUCCCACUUCAGGAGGUGCAGUCCAGCCCACCCUUCUCGUUCUCACGAGACUCUGGAUCUAUAGCCACCACAUCUACAACAAAUGCAAAAGGAAGCAUAUUCUGGAGUGGGCGAAGGAGCUUUCCCUGUCUGGGUUCAGCAUGCCAGGGAAACCAGGCGUUGUCUGUGUGGAAGGCCUACAAAGUGCUUGUGAAGAAUUCUGGUCCAGGCUCAGAAAAUUAAACUGGAAGAGAAUUUUGAUUCGCCACCGAGAAGACAUUCCUUUGGAUGGCACAAAUGGUGAAAUGGAAAGACAAAGAAAAUUUUCAGGCUUUGAGGAAAAAGUGUUCAGUGUUAAUGGACCCAGAGGAAACCACAUGGACUUUGGUCAGCUGUAUCAGUUUUUGAAUGCCAAAGGGUGUGGGGGGGUUUUCCAGAUGCUCUUUGGUGUAGAAGGACAAUGACUGAGUAGAGGAGGAGUUGGAAGUAUUUUGUCACUGUUGGCCACUUGUUUUUUCUAUCCACUCUUUCUUGAAAUAUGAAGUAAUUUUACUUCCAUCCCAUUCUAGAAUGUUAGGGGUGAAAAAGUAGUACAGCUGAAGUGCAUGUGUUAAAAAUAUGUCCUGAUGGAAAGCAGUACUGAGUUUUAAGUUAUACCCUUAAAGGUAUUGAAAUUUCUUUAUAUGCCCAUUUUGAAAGAGAAAUUAAUUUGACUUGAGUUAGAUUGUGUUGGUGACCCAUCUUGCCACCCAUUCUCAACCCCUUGCCCUUUACCUGCCCCCAUGAGCUCUCCCGGCCUCUCUGGCAGCUCAGGUGACUUUGGCUAGGGGAUGCCUCGGAAGACUUUUGCUUUCCUGAUUAACAAGAUGGACACAGCCAGGGCACCUCCGCUCCCUCUUUCUGCUGGGGCUGCAGUACUCCUUUCAGCCACAAGGGCAGGGAGGGCCCGGGGAACUGCGGAGAUUCCACGGCGUGUUGUCAGGCUGCGCCAGCCCCUACCUAUCUCUAGACAGCUUGUUGUGAAAUAGAAACAAUUUAAUUUAUAUUUGUGUGCCUCUUAAAAAAAAUUAAUCCUAGCCCUGGCUGGUGUAGCUCAGUGGAUUGAGCGCAGGCCUGUGAACCAGAACAUCGUGGUUCGAUUCCCAGUCAGGGCACAUGCCUGGGUUGCAGGCCAGUUCCCAGAAGGGGAUGCACUAGAGGCAUCCAUACAUUGAUGUUUGUCUCCCCCUCUCCUUCCCCUCUAAAGAUAAGUAAAUAAAAUCUUAAAAAAAAAAAAGUUAAUGAGCUCAUUAUUCAGUAAAGCAUUAUUUAGGGACUAAAAAUCCAACAAAUAUUUGUGUCAAUGUAAAUACAUUAGCAUGGGCUUAAAUAAAGAUCUGAAACUCAAGAAAUAAAAAUCACCUUUCUCUUUAUUAAAAAAAUUUUAAUCCUCACCAAGAACAUGCUUAGAAACAUCUAUUGGUUGCCUCUCAUACACACCCUGACCGGGGACUAAACCUGCCAUCUAAGUAUGUGCCCUGACCAGGAAUCGAACCCGCAACACUUUUGGUUACUGGACCACUCUCCAACAGAGCCACAGUGGCCAAGGCUGUUUGUGUGCCUCUUACUAGCAGUUGAAAGCUAUUUUGCCAAACAUAUUUUUCAAAACUUUAGUUUUAGAUCUACCCCAAACAUUUGAUACACAAAUAGGUGAAUUUUUUGUUUUGUUUUUUUAAAGAUUUUAUUUCUUUUUUUAAGAGAGAGGGGAAGGGAGGGAAGAAGAGGGAGAGAGCACUGAUGUGAGAGAGAAUUCAAUCAGUUGCUUCACGCAUGUCCCCCACUGGGACCUGGCCUGCAAGCCAGGCAUGUGCCCUGACUGGGAAUCAAACCGGUGACCUUUCAGUUUGCAGGCCAGAGCCACACCAGCCAGGAUGAAGUUUUCUUCAGUGGAGUUUGCCACUCACCUCUGGGUUUGUACACUUCUCCAUACUGGGUUCCAUCCUUGGGCUUGCCUCACAGAAGGCUGAGGCACAAGCAGAGCUCACACUUUUUAACAGGCCUCAAUCGCCCAUCAAAUUGGUAAUUUAGAGGAUUCAUUUUUGGCAUAUUGCAUUUGAACAAUUUUCUUAUUCUGGAAAUGAUUUUGUGUAAAUUUAGUUUCAGGAAGUUCACCUACAGUCACAGUCACUCAGCCUGGUUUUGCAGGCCCCCCAACAGCUAGCUCCAAAAGUGCUUACUAAGUGUUUCUUCACUAGCUUGCUAGCACUCAGGCUGAUGCUGUGUUGGGUGUUCCUUGAUGUGUGAGACUCGGUUAGAAGAAUGGUAUUAAGAGGGACACAAUGCAUUGGUCAUCUUAGUAAUGAGUUGCAGGCAACCUAUGUGACUGUCAGUAAAAGCCAGCAGGAAUAAAGAACUAAGGAGGCAGUGGCCUUGGUGUUCCUGUAAGGACAGAAUGGCACUGACUGGUCUGACUGCAUUGGGUGAGAGCCCUGUGCUCCUCCUCAGACUGUCCCACCCCCGCCCCCCCUGCCAUAUCCAUGGCCACCACACAGCCAGAUGGACCUGCCCCUUAACUCUGGUUUCUGACUCCGCCAGCCACUUUCAGAUUCGGAUGGAUCCCCCCAACACAUGGGAUCUGACAUCCCCAGAGGCCCCCAAAAGGGCCAGAUGCUGCAUAUACUACUUUUAGCAGGAUUAAACUGCUAAAGCAUUUUCAGUCUUUGCUCAUUCUAUUUACU